AUGGCUGACAUAGAAAGAGGAACGAAUGAAAACAGAGAUCCAAUUGAAUCAAUUCCAAAACCUAUACUUGCAAUACUUGGUUCAAUUCAUUGUCUUGUGAUACUGUGUGUUACACUCAUUAUUCCAAUACUUGAAGUAGCUAUUGGCGCAUCAUAUCGUGAUCAAUGUCCAAUUAAUUCAAAUAUUCCGGUGUAUCUUAUUGUAACAGGCGCAUGCGGUAUGGCUACUAUUGUUCUUGCAGUAGUCAUAGUCGCUGCAUUUAUAUGUUGUAUUAAACGAAAUUCUAUUGCUGUAACAUUUGCUAUGUCAUGUCUUGUGAUUCUUAUUAUGUUAUUUAUAGGAUUGAUGAGUGUAUUUUUAUUUGCUUGGUUUAUUGUGGGUAAUGUAUGGAUAUUUGGAGCAAAGAAAGAUGUUCAGUAUGAUUAUCCAUCAUCAACAAGUAAUUAUUGCCAUCGUACAUUAUAUGAAUUUGCAUUUGCGAUAUUAAUUAUAACCUAUGUUAUGCCGGUUGUUUGUUGUAUUGGUAGUUGCAUUCGUAGUUGUUUUCAAAUUCAGAAAACAGUGGAAAAGUGA